GAAGGAGAACCAAACCAAAAAGCGGGGAAGAAGAAUGAAGAGAGCUAUUGCGCUUGGGUGGUGAAUCCAGAGCCAAAUCAAACGUGUGCUUUGCAAUUUGCCUUCAUUAAAUAAGAAGUAACGCGAUGGACAACCUGUGGCGAAGGAUUCGCAACAGGAAGAGCAGCAGUAAAUCAAUAUCGGAGAAAAAUGAGACCCAGAACAAGCCGCAAGAGCCUGAGCCGGAAGAAAGUGCACUGGGGUUGUCGGGGAACCCCAACAAGUGGUUGGAUCUUAAGGAUCUUCUUAGGGCUCCGCAAGAAAGUGCGACACGGAACAAGCCGCAAGAGCCUAAGCCAGAAAGAAAAGUGCUGGUGUUGUUGGCGAACCCCGCGAAGUGGUUCGAUCUUGAGGAUCUUUUUAGGGCCAGUGCGGAGGUAUUGGGGAGAGGGACGGUCGGGACGACUUACAAGGCACACCUGGACGAUGGGACCACGGUGGUCGUGAAGAGGCUCAACCAUGUGGUCUUGUCGGCCGAGGAUUUCCGGGACAAGGUCGUAGCUCUCGCAGCGAUGGACCAUGAGAACCUGGUCCCUCUGAGGGGUUACUACUACAGCAAAGAAGAGAAGUUGCUCUUUUACGAUUACAUGCCCCUGGGAAGCCUGUCGAGCCAAUUGCAUGGAUCCAGAGGAUCCGGAAGGACUCCCCUGAGCUGGGAAGUCAGGCUUUCGAUUGCCCUCGGAGCUGCCCGGGCCAUCGAGCACCUACACGCCCAACGUCGUCCCAAUAUCCUCCACGGGAGAAUCAAGUCAUCCAACGUCCUCCUCACGCCGUCCUACGAGGUCCGGGUCUCCGAUUACGGCAUCGCCCCCCUCAGAAGUUCUGCCCUGGUGGGUGCGGCCGACUCAACAAUGGCGGAUGUGUACAAGUUCGGGUUGUUACUUCUGGAGCUCCUGACCGGGAAGCUUCCCACCCAGCUCCCAAUUAAGAAAGGUGCAGAUCUUGCUUGGUGGGUCCAGUCCUUGCCUGAUGAGGAGUCCAUUACUGGAAUUUUUGAUGAGGCGCUCGGGAGUUUCAUUAAGGAGAUGAUUGAGCUCUUCGGGGUGGCGAUCCAUUGUGUAUCCCCGAAUUCGCAUGAGCGCCCUCAGAUGUCUGAAGUACGGAGGAAGAUCGAGGAGCUGUGUAGCCCUGGGGGACAGCGAGAUGGGGACUCACUGCCCGACAAGGUCAGCGAAGGGACCAAGGAUACAUCUUCUGGGCUUAUUCCUAGUGCACAGGUAGACAGGGACUCGCAGCUCAACCAAUUCAGGGAGGUGAACAAUGAUAUCUAUACUCGGAAACCACCAGAUGGGGUUCUGGAAGUUUCUGAAAGAGUUUAUGGAACUCCGCCAAUGUCACCUUUGCUUUCAAAAAGUCCAAUUCAUUCAGCUCUUGAGGGAUCUUUUGGAAGUUUUGAAUUAGCCACAAAAUCACCCUACACUUCACCAAGUAUUGAGUUGGAUCAGCAAUAUGGCACGAAUGUGGAAGGGAAUGGUCAGUCAUACUCACUGUCCGAUCUCACAGGUGAGAACACAGAAUCUGUGAGGUGGGAAGGAAUAGCAGCUGUGACAGAAACAAACAUGGAGGUAACUUCUGUCAGUGACUCAGCAUCCUCAUCGGCUGUCAAUAAUGGCAGUGUAUUAGCUGCUGCUGCAGGUGUCUCCAACUCAGCGCAAUUCCCUGAUAUGAUGCUGCCGAAACAGGAAAAACUAUACCAGCAGGACGGCUCACCAUCAUCAACCUCCAUGUCAUUUGGAUAUGACUACGAUGUUUUCCUGAGUUUUAGGGGGCCAGAUACUCGCUCAGGCAUUACAAAUGUCCUCUAUACCCGGUUGUUAGGUGCUAGAAUCCACACGUUCAAGGACGAUGAAGAGCUCCGAGUUGGAGAGGAGUUUGGUCCUGAGUUGCUCAAAGCUAUCAGCCAAUCAAAAAUUGCAAUUCCCAUCUUUUCCAAGGGCUACGCCUCUAGUAAAUGGUGUCUUGAUGAGUUGGUCCAAAUGGUGGAGUGUAGUAAAACAAGCAGACAGAAGGUUAUGCCCAUUUUUUAUGGCGUUACUCCGGCGGAGGUCCGUCAUCAAAUUGGGUCUUAUGAAGAAGCCUUUCUUUCGCAUAAAAGGAAAUUUGGCGAGAACGUCAAUAAGUGGAAAGCUGCUCUCCGCCAUGUUGCCAAUCUAAAUGGAUGGGACAAUUCGAAGAAGGACAGAGGUGAAGGAGAACUGACGGACGAGAUUGUCCGGAAGGUGAUAGGUGAGUUGAAAACAGCUCAUCUGCUGGUGAUAGACUGCUUGGUCGGAUUUGAAAAUCAUGUUAAGGAAAUCGAUACAAUGAUGUGUGGUGAUUCGGAGGAUAUAAGGAUUCUCGGAAUCCAUGGUAUGGGGGGUGUAGGAAAGACUACUCUUGCCAAGAUCAUCUACAAUCGGUUAUCACAUCAUUUUGAAGCUUGUUGCUUCAUUUCUAAUAUCAGGGAAACGUCAGAGCUAAAGGGUAUAAAAGGUUUGCAGAAACAACUAAUCUCUGAUGUUCUCAAAGCACAGCUGUUGAACAUUAGCAAUGUUGAGGAAGGAAUGAAGAUAAUAAAAAAUGGGUUACGCGAUAAAAAGGUUCUGGUGCUACUUGAUGAUGUUGAUCAAAUGACUCAGUGGGAUGCACUAAUAGGAAAUCCUGCAUUGCUCGGUUUAGGAAGUAGGAUUAUCAUAACUAGUAGAAACAGGGAUAUUGUCGAUGUUCUUGAGUUUUGUUAUCCAUAUGAGCUUAAGAGCAUGGACUUUGAUCAAUCGCUUCAACUUUUUUGCAAACAUGCUUUUGGAAGAGAUUACCCUUCGGAUGACUAUGUUGCUUUCUCCACAGAAGUAGUCAAAAGUACAGGAGGUCUUCCUCUUGCUCUUGAGGCUAUAGGUAAACUACUUCCGUGCAGAAGCAAAGAUCAUUGGGAUGCGAUAUUAAAGAAGUUGAAACAAGUUCCUCUCAAAGAAGUAAAACGAAAGUUGAAAAUAAGUUAUGAUGUCUUGGAUGAUUGGCAAAAGCAUAUCUUUCUUGAUAUAGCUUGUCUUUUCGCUGGAUCUGAUCAAAGGAUAGCACUCCACUCGUGGAAAAAUUCCAAUCUCUUCCCAGAGGUAGAUCUUGAGGUCCUUCAGAAAAUGUCUCUGAUAAAAAUCGGCAAAGACAAUGAGCUAUGGAUGCAUGAUCAGCUAAGAGGCCUUGGUAGAAACAUUGUUCUUCGAGAAUGUGAUGAGGAACGAAAAAAACAGACUCGGUUGGGGAACCAUGAGGAAGGUUUGGACGUGGUGAUGGAAAAGAAGGGAACCAAAAAAAUUGAAGCUCUUUGUCGAAAAUUUGAUCCUCAGUUGCUCUACUAUUUUGCCAAUGAAGAAGUUGAGAGGCUAUCUAAUCAAAGAUACCCUGAAGUGAGGAUUUUCCAGCAUAACUGGCCUUCAAAUGAUUUCCCAGCCAAUCUACAAAACAAUACGCUUGUGCUUUCCAAGUUGAGAUCGCUUUCGUGGCAUCAUUUUCCCAUAGAAGUUCAGAUCACCAAUUUUUCUAUGAUGAACAUAGUCAUUCUGCAUUUGGUGCAUUGCCCUAAUUUAAUUGAUGUUCAAAGCAUUGAAGGCUUGGCGAGUCUCAGAAUUUUGAAGCUCAUAAAAAUUCCGCUACUAAAGAGAUUACCCGAUCUAUUCAACGUGAAGAAGCUCAAUGAACUGCAUUUGGGGCACUGCCACAAUCUAAUGGACGUCCAAAGCAUUGAAAGCUUGGGGAAUCUCAGAACUUUGAAGCUCAUAGAAAUUCCGCUGUUGAAGAGAUUUCCUGAUUCAUCAAACUUGAAGAAGCUCACUGAACUUCACUUGCGGUAUUGUUGUGGACUAACUGAAAUAAAAAGCUUUGCGGGUUUGGAGAAUUUGAUGAUGUUAAAGCUAGGAGAACUUCCUCUACUUGAGAGAUUGCCCAAUUUAUCAAACUUGAAGAAGCUUACACAACUUGACCUACGCCGAUGUCACAAUCUUGUGAAGAUUCAAGGAAGAUUGGAAUCAUUGGAAGACUUGUGCAUAAAAGGAUGCAGAUCUUUAGAUGAGGUGGUUGAUCCAGCUUCGAGUUUCAAGAAACUAAAAUCUUUGCGGAUACAUGAUUGCAAGAAGUUACAUCUCGACAGGAUAUGGGUCUCGAAAUUCGAAAUAUUUGAUGGAGUAUAUGAAAAUUCGACAUGUUUGAUACUGAGUAAGGUAGGCAUUUGUGUUUGUCAGCUAGGUAGACAAUUCUUUUUGCCAUCCCUUCCAUAGUGAAAAUUAACAGACAUAAUGUACACAUUUUGUCUAAUCGAGAAUUGAUCA